AUGACAACAAAGCGGAAUUUGUUUGUGCGGCUGGUGCCAUGCCGCUGUCUGCGUGGAGAGGAGGAAACAGUCACUACACUUGAUUAUUCUCACUGCAGCCUGGAACAGGUGCCUAAGGAGAUUUUUACUUUCGAAAAGACCUUGGAAGAGCUCUAUUUAGAUGCUAAUCAGAUUGAAGAGCUUCCAAAGCAACUUUUUAACUGUCAGUCUCUGCACAAGCUGAGUUUGCCAGACAAUGAUCUAACCACAUUGCCAGCAUCCAUUGCAAAUCUCAUUAAUCUCAGGGAACUGGAUGUCAGCAAGAAUGGCAUACAGGAGUUUCCAGAAAAUAUAAAAAACUGUAAAGUCUUGACAGUUGUUGAGGCCAGUGUAAAUCCAAUUUCAAAGCUUCCAGAUGGAUUUUCCCAACUGUUAAACCUAACACAGCUGUACCUGAAUGAUGCUUUUCUUGAGUUUUUGCCAGCCAACUUUGGCAGAUUAAUUAAACUCCAGAUAUUGGAGCUUAGAGAAAACCAGUUAAAAAUAUUGCCAAAAACCAUGUCCAGACUGACUCAGCUGGAGAGACUGGACUUAGGAAGUAAUGAAUUCACAGAAGUGCCUGAAGUACUUGAACAACUGAGUGGGUUAAAGGAAUUUUGGAUGGAUGGUAAUAGACUAACUCUUAUUCCAGGGUUUAUAGGCACUUUGAAACAACUGACCUACUUGGAUGUUUCGAAAAACAACGUUGAAGUAGUGGAAGAAGGUAUUUCAGGUUGUGAAAGCCUGCAAGACCUACUGUUAUCCAGUAAUUCACUUCAGCAACUGCCAGACUCUAUUGGUUCUCUGAAGAAGGUAACAACACUUAAAAUUGAUGAAAACCAGUUAAUUUAUUUGCCGGAUUCCAUAGGAGGGUUAGUAUCAGUAGAAGAACUGGACUGUAGUUUCAAUGAAAUUGAAACAUUGCCUUCAUCUGUUGGGCAGCUCUCUAAUAUACGAACGUUUGCUGCAGAUCAUAACUUUUUAACACAGCUGCCAUCAGAGAUUGGAAACUGGAAGCAUGUAACGGUGUUGUUUCUGCAUUCUAACAAGCUUGAAUUUCUCCCUGAAGAAAUGGGCAGUAUGCAGAAAUUAAAAGUUAUCAAUCUGAGUGACAAUAGACUGAAGAAUUUGCCAUUUACUUUUACAAAACUGCAGCAGCUCACUGCUAUGUGGCUAUCAGACAAUCAGUCUAAACCACUUAUCCCUCUUCAAAAAGAAGCUGACCCUGACACACAGAAAACAGUGCUUACUAAUUACAUGUUCCCCCAGCAACCAAGGACUGAAGAUGUGAUGUUCAUAUCUGAUAAUGAAAGUUUCAAUCCCUCUCUGUGGGAGGAACAGCGGAAACAGCGUGCUCAGGUGGCAUUUGAGUGUGAUGAAGACAAAGAUGAGAGAGAGGCACCACCUCGGGAAGGCAACCUGAAGAGAUACCCAACUCCAUAUCCUGAUGAACUGAAGAAUAUGGUCAAAACAGUCCAGACAAUAGUACAUCGGCUAAAGGAUGAAGAAUCUACUGAAGAUAUUGCCAAGGAGUCAAAACGAGAAAGCCAGGCAAUUUCUGUAAAAGAUGUGGGGGUAAAGACUUCAGAAACUGCUUCAAUAAAGAACAAAGCAGAGGAGAGAAAGCAGAAGCCUACUGAACCAGAAGCUGAGCACAGCACCACAAAUUCACAGAUGACUGCACUUGUUAAAACCUUGCAGAACACAAAAGCAGUUGUCAGCCAUGAAGACACACUCGAGCAGGAGUCAGAAGAACUCUCGUCUGAUGAAGAGAUGAAAAUGGCAGAAAUGCGACCACCACUGAUAGAAACCUCUAUAAACCAACCAAAAGUGGUAGCUCUUAGCAAUAACAAAAAAGAUUCAAACGAUGCUGAUUCCUUAUCAGAUGAAGCUAUCCACAAUAGCAAUCAGAAUAACAGCAACUGUUCCUCUCCUUCUCGAAUGUCAGAUUCUGUUUCCUUAAAUACUGAUAGUAGCCAAGAUAUUUCUCUCUGUUCUCCAGACAAAGAAACACAUGCUGCUGUUUUAUCCAAGAUCAGGCGGGAAGAUGAGAAUUUGAAUAAUCUUUUGCAAAAUGGAGGCGAAUUGAGCAUUACAGUAGAAGAGAGAAUGAAUGUGCAAGAGAAGGUUACAAAUUUGUCUGAAUAUGAAUUAUGCAUUGAAGAAAGAUUGGGCUUGAUAGGAAAAGGUGUUGAUCUAAGCACUCCUACAGAGGAGUCACGCAAAUUAGACCAAAUAAACAUGAAUAUCAAUAAGCUAGUUAGUGAAGAGACAGUGCCAGUUCCUGUAGAAACAUUACAAACACAGGAAAUAGUUUCAGUAAAGGGAUUCUUGAAUAACAACACGGAAGAAGAAAGUGAGCCCUUGGAAAAUGGAAAUAAAUAUCCUAUAAAUAAAGUAAAUGGAUAUCCUGAGGAAGCAGUAGAGUCUUCCAAUAAAGAUGAACUGAUGAGAAGCACUACAGUUGAUGGCGAUUCUGCUGAGCUCUCUGUUUCGAGGAGCACUGAAGAUUUGUCCCCACAGAGAAGUGGUCCUGUGAUGAAAUCUCACAGCAUCACCAGUAUGGACACAGGUGGUCUGAAAGUCUACGAUAUCGUCAGUGAGAAUGGAUCUGAACAGCCAAACUCAGUGGUAAAAUCAGCAUCUGAUAGUGCAGAUGGAAAAAACAUAGUCCGAAGUAAAUCCGCUACUAUUCUGUAUGAUCAGCCUUUGCAGGUUUUUCCUGGAUCGUCGUCAUCAUCUGAUUUAGUGUCUUCUACAAAAACUGUGCUCAAGUUUGACUCAAAUCACAAUCCUGAAGAUGCUAAUGUGGUGAGAGGAUCAGUGACAAGUGGUGCACAGAUGUUCUGUGCUCCCCAGUAUAAUAUUCAGUACAGCAGCAGUGCAACAGCGAAGGACGCCUUGUGGUCCCAGAAACAAAGCACUCAAGUAGAACAAGGCAGCUUGCCUCCUUCACGUCUGCUUAGGUCUGACAGUGCAGAAACCCCCAGCUAUGUAAAGCAUUCUGCCAAUAUGAAUUUCUCCAAUCAUAACAAUGUCCGAGCCAGUGCUGUGUAUAAUACUCAUCAGCGGAUGCCUGGGAGACAUACAGAUAUGUGGGCUAUUCCACCGAGUGAUAGACUGCUCCCUGGAGCAACAAGACACACCCUUCAAAGGCAGAGCAGUGUGUCUUCUACAGCUUCUAUAAAUGUUGGGGAUACUGGACAUUCAAGGAGGACACAGGUUCCCGAAGGGGACUAUUUAACGUACAGAGAUUUGCAUUCAAUGGGAAGAGCUCCACCAGUAAUGUCAGGGCAGCAGAGACCUCUUUCUGCCAGGGCAUACAGCAUUGAUGGUCCAAAUGUACCCCGACCACAGAGUGCUCGGCCAUCAGUGAAUGAAAUACCAGAAAGAACUAUGUCAGUUAGUGACUUCAAUUACUCACGGACUAGCCCUUCAAAGAGAUCAAACCCAAGGGUUAACUCUGAGCACUCUUUAUUAGACACCCCAGGAAAAAGUAAAGUCCCUCACGACUGGAGGGAACAGGUGCUGCGACAUAUUGAGGCUAAAAAGCUAGAAAAGAGCAUGCUGUCUAGGUCCUUUAAUUCCAAUUAUGCUGCAGUUAGCAGCUUUCACUAUGGCAGCUCUAGGGAUCUGCAUGGCAGCCAGGGUAGUGUUGCCUUGAGUGUUGCAGACGGAAGAGGUUCUGGUGUGCACAUUGUUCGACAUCCCCAGGCUUCUACUUCAGGAGACCAGUGCCAGGAUGAAGUAUUCAUUUCAGCACAGCAGAAUUACUCAUCUGCCACACAUAGUCUCAAAGAUGUUCCUCCAGACAGUAUGAAGAAAAUAGCUGUGCAGAUACCUUUGACAAAUGGACAAAUGUGCCAGCCUCAAAGACCUCAGGCAAACUACAGCCAAGUCCAUCAUCUCCCUCCUCAAUCAUCAGUAGCAAGACAUCCAUCUAGAGAGCAAUUAAUUGAUUAUCUGAUGUUGAAAGUUGCCCACCAACCUCCCUAUACCCAGUCCCAGUGCUCUACCAGACAAAGCCACGAAUUGGCAAAGCAAGAGAUUCGAGUGAGAAUUGACAAGGAUCCAGAACUUGGAUUUAGUAUAUCAGGAGGAGUUGGUGGUAGAGGUAAUCCAUUCAGACCUGAAGAUGAUGGUAUAUUUGUAACCAGAGUGCAACCAGAAGGACCAGCAUCUAAGCUGUUGCAACCUGGAGAUAAAAUAAUUCAGGCUAAUGGAUACAGCUUCAUCAAUAUUGAUCAUGGACAAGCAGUAUCUUUGCUAAAGACUUUUCAGAAUGCAGUGGAACUCAUCAUUGUGCGAGAAGUUUCUUCGUAAAUACUGUGGAUUGGGGGGAAAAGCCAGCAGGAUUGAUUGAAGGACUUGUGGGAAACUGAAUAUUUUGCUUAUUUUUAUACGUGAAAGGAACUCAAAAAGAGUUAUGAUCAAAAUUUGUACAGGAAAUACUGAACUUGUGGUUAAAGGGGGAAAAAACCACUGUGUAGAACAUACAGGAGAUCAUUCUGGAAAUGCAUAUGGUCAAUAAACUUGUUUUGAAGCAUUAUAGCAAUCUAAGGAUCACUCCUCCAAGAACAAACCUGUGUUGUUUUUUUGUACAGAUGGUAGGUUUAUUUUUGGAUAAUUCAUACACAUUACUAAACUUUGAGCAAGGCUUUGCAAAGCCUUGGUUGUAGCCAGUGGACAGAUGGCAGGGUUGUCUGUCCUGUAGCUGUUAAUUGCCUUUCUUUUUUUUCACCAGAUAUUAAUAUGUUACGCUGAAACCACUUCUGUAGAUAUGGACAGGAGAUACGAAAUGUUGGCUUUGCUAUGUGCACAUUGUAUGGGUGAAUGGGUAGAUGGAAGGUGGUGCUGGUUGGACAGAAUAAAGAUCGGGUGAAACAACGAUGCUAUCUAAAUCUGGACUCA